AUGACCACACAGGAGGUGAAGGAUGCAGACCUCACAGGCGGCCGGAGCCAAGGGGACUCGGCGCUUGAUUUUGGCUCGCCGUACGUCAUUGACCCCUGGGUGCUUUCGGGUGGUCCUGCCCUGUCAGUCAGCAUCUCCUCACAGCUGGUGCGGAGCCGGAGGAGUUUCACACCUCGGCAACGCGCCUCGCACUGUCAGACCUGA